UCGCUUUUUGCUCGCUGGCGCUCCCAUCUCUGUCUGACCAGUAAGGCAAUAGGCAGCAGCAGUCACUGGCUUUGUAAACAAAACGUGCUGCGCAGCUUUGUUUCAGAACCACCACCAUUGUGGGUCUCUCUCUAGCCAUGUCAUGGAUAUUUUGUGGCAAUAUCAGUUCAGGAUAAUUUUGCUCGGAGACUCGACCGUAGGGAAAUCGUCUUUGCUGAAGCGGUUUACAGAUGGAAUUUACAGCGAUGUAGCGGAUCCAACGGUCGGUGUGGAUUUUUAUACCCGUUCGUUAGACAUUGAGCAAGGGAUUAAAAUCAAGCUUCAACUGUGGGACACGGCUGGACAGGAACGAUUCAGGUCCAUCACUACUUCCUACUACCGUAACUCAGUGGGCGGGCUCCUCGUGUUCGACCUGACCAAUCGCAAGACCUUCGACCACGUGAGGGAAUGGCACAAGGAAGUAAGCGAGCACAUUCUGCCGCACCACAUGGUCUACAUUCUGAUUGGCCACAAAAGCGACCUAAACAAGGACCGGAAGGUGACGCGGGACGAGGCUGAGCAGCUGGCGGCGGAGAUGGGGAUCCGCUAUGUGGAGACGUCGGCUAAGUGCAACAGCAACGUGGACCGGGCCUUCCAGCUGCUCAGCAGGGACAUCUAUGAGCUGAUGAAGAUGGGGGAGAUCACAACGAGGGACGGAUGGGAUGGGGUGAAGAGCGGCCUCACCACCGGGGUCCUGUACCCGGGCGAAGAGGACAUUGAGGUGGAGCCAAGGGAGAAGAGCUGCAACUGCUGAAAGACUGAGCCUCGAUCUCUGACCCCUGACCUCAUCCAUGGUCAGUUUCAUUAGGCACCAAAUGGAAGAAAACGGACUGAAAAAGAGAGGGACUACUUGGAAUUGUCCAAUAAGAAACGCACAUUUUUAUUUCCCGUUGCGAAACGUUUUAGAAAACGUGUUCCGAUAUGUGCCCUAAUAAACACGACUCGUGUCUCCACUGUUGUUCUCCCUCUCUUAUCUCCACAAGUAUCUCACAUCGUUUCACAGUUUAGUCAGUUUCCCAUCGAAAUUAAGCCACAGUCUAAAGUGAGGCCCUUGUCCUAUGACAUCAUCGUCAUGCGUCCACGUGUCACCCUAUGCUUAGUGUAGAUAGGAUGCCAGUCCCCUCUGUAUCAGUUCCUACAGAGGUAAGGAUGGGCCUGUUUUCUGAUGGGAGUACACAAUACACAUCCUGUGUAUAGAUCUUGAUGUGACAAAAGCUUCUCUACAAACACAAGAGUCUGAGUCUUUAGUAGUCUGAGUCAAACACCAGUGUAAAUCCUUGCAGUGGAAAAGCAUCAUACAUGUACAUGCUAAACGUACAAAAAUUAGCAUCACCUGGGUCGCUUUGGGCCCAGUUAGGUAAGGCAGACACAGAGGCUGCAUUUUCACAGGCAGACAAUUCUGUUAUUUUGUCCAAUUAUUGUUCAUUUGACCAAUGAGAAAAGUCCUUUUGCCAAUAAUUGGGCAAAAGAUCAGAAUUGGGCUGCAGCCAGAGACACCUGUAUGAGAGAGAUCAGGCCUUGAGUUAUUCCAGUACAUAUCCUAUUCAUUCCUGGAUGCCCUAUGCUGCCGCAGGAGUUACUGGAGUCUCAAGCAGGCAAGGUCUGGACUUGCGGACAAUGCAUUAUUGCGGUCUGGCAUCACUCCUAUUACGUUGUUGUUGGUUGGCUCCUGUUUGGCUGUGCGUGUGUGUGUGCAUAUGUCGUUGCUCUGCCUGCAGUCCCCUGAGACUGUACAUCAUGUUCGGUAUGGUUAGCUCUGGUGUUAAAAGGUCACUGACAAUAGGCAGGGAGAAUAGACUGUACUCUAUAUGUGUCACCACGACCCCCCGUUCCCUGCUAAUCAAUAUGGUCCUGUAGACUACUAAUCUAUGUAAGUGCACAUAAGCCAAAUAAUUUUCAUGUUGCAUCAUGUUGUGGACUUCCUACUUCAGAGCAGACGAGUAAUGUUUUCAACAUUUAAAAAAACAUAUCUAUCAUUUGUCGUGCAUUGCUGAAGCCACAAACCAUUUGGUAGCCACUCUUUGUAUUUGUAUACUAUAUGGCAUAUUAAAAAACAAAACAAACCUUCCAAAGUGGGUCUUCAAGGGGGAAAACCACACCAAACAAUUUUCCUUUAACUGGAGAGAGGUAUUGGCUGACUUUAAGACUGCUCACAUGGGGCUUUUGUAGCCAUAAUAGCAAUUUAUUGGCAUUAUUACAUUAUCUGGUUGAGAACAUGACAUUUCGGCCCUAAUGGCUUCCAUGCUCCAUCAGAAUGGUUCCGAUAUCAAGACAGCCAGAAUGUUGCACUGCUCUGACUAUAGGCCCUUUCUACUUGCAGAGAGGCAUAGGAAGAUAACUCUAGUUUUCUUUGGUUACUACCUCUAUACAGCAAACCCCAGUGCAGAUAACAGUUGCGCUGAGACUUGGCUGUAGAUUCUGGUGUUACCAUAGGAGUGUACAGCCAUGGCUCAGGGCCUAGAUAACAGCUCACUUUGCCUGGUCCCUCCUACCUCCCUCCUUCCUUCCUUCCUUCCCCUCAGCUCACCUUGUCCACCUCUCACCAGCACCACACCUCACCAGACACUUCACACACUGUAGAUGACAGGAGAGACAUUGUGCAUUCAGCAACAGUGACUUUAUAGUAUUGUGUUCUAUGUUGGUUUUGUGUUUCAGUGGUCAUUGGGCAAGGUCCAGGAGCAUACGGGCUGUAUCAUGGUCAUGCGACUUGACUUAUUGAAAGGAAUGUCUAACUAACUAAUCUUUUGGAAGACUUUAUAUACAUUCUCGCAAACAACUUACUAAGCCUCAGCAAACAAUUUCUUGACAACAGUAUGUGUUUGUCUACAUACAGUCCGUAUGGUUUUGCCUCUUGCUUUACAAAGUCUGAUGCAAACAUAGUUUACUUGUUCCCACACUCAUGGGUUUAACCGGGUUUAUAGUUAUGCCGUGGUCAGUUUUUCAGCUCUAGUGAACAUUCACAGACUUUAUUUAAACCUCUGUUAUCACAGGUCAUAACCCAUGUCUCAUUUCUUUCAAAGUUAAAUCAGUUGGCUAACUAAUAUCUAUGACAAUCUAUAUUGAUCCAUGUUCUUGUUGUGGUAAGGAAGGACACAUCUACAAAGAGAAGGCAAUACCCGAGGCCUAGGGAGAAGAGACAUGCCCUUUAAAUGAACAAAAACAGUCUUGCCUGGGAAUGUAUGGGAAUUGAGAAUUAUAUUUUUCAGACAUGGUUUCAGAGGUAUGAUAAUCUAGGCUGCUGUCUGUUUGGUCAUCGCAAUUCAACUCCUUUUGAAAAGCAGCAAAUAUUUCCAUUCUAAUCCACAAAGGAAGUUAAUGUUAAAUCAUGUUCCUUAUGGUAUGUACCUCUUCCAUUUUUCAGCUUUGUGUGUAAUUUAUAACAGGGUUUCUUUUGUACAGCUGUAUUUUUAAUGCUUACAAUAAUGAUAAUAUGUGCUGUAAUACAGCUGCUUGUCAGUGAAUGCAGUCAGUGAAUAUUCCCGAUCACUGAAUUUGAUAAGGAUUCUUAUUGGUUGUAUUGUUACAUGAGAUAUGAAGAAAACAGGAAAUAGCAAGCUGUGAUGAUGAUGCCGAUGAUGGUCUAUGAAAAAGUUGUAUCUGGAGAAAGUCCCAUGUCACUGAGAUGGAGCACCAGCUAUAUUCAACAGCCUAAUCAGGCUCAAGGACUUGAAAGAAGAGAUUGAGCUUGGUUCUUGGAUCUUGACACGUUGCCAGUCGAACUAGAAACGUUUAGAUUUUAGAGCAGAGAAAUGCUAAAUAAUUGAUAUUUUAGAAAGUGUUUAGUUGAUUAUAAGUAAUAAGUGGCAAUUUUCAUUGUGAUGAUAGUUAUAUCAUAAUACUGUAACUCGAAUAUCAAUUGACAAAACAAUCUAUUUAAAUCUGUAGUAUCCAACAGGUCCUUGAUAGUACAACAACAUAUGACAAAUCACGAAUGCAUUUUUCUUGCAAAUUCUGUUUUUUGGCAAGCUUGGAACUAGACAUAGCAUCACAGCAGUGCAGUUGAUGCCUCUAUUUUGCCUCUGACUAAGUCUGAUCACAGUUCACAGCUUGACGGAAUACAUGUUAUUUAUUUUCUAUUCUAAAUGUUCUGGGCAAGGUACUCUACUGUUAAAGGGGUAUUCAGUCAAUAAACAACAUUAUGUCCAUGGUGCCAUAUUAUGAUUGACGAUCUCCAUCCCAGGGUUGUGGCGUCCCCCUUUGGUAACAACCGAACUGCAUACCUGACCUACUUAGCUGAAUCACAGUGCAAAUAAAAUACUAAACUUCAACUAAUAAACAUAAAACUGUGUAUGGUAAUAA